CCGCACCUCCCGCACCGAGCCUUGGCCGAGUUGGCUGCCCUUCGCCGCUCGCUGCGACGCCGUGCGCCUCACCGGCCUUACCCCACCGGCACUUCCGGCACUUCCGGCACUACCGGCCCCUGGACUUCCCCGUGCGUCGGAAACGAGCCCUGGACCGCCCUGAGUCAGCGCGCCGUCGUCGUCGUCCUCGCCGCCAUCGAGAGCACCGCGUUGGCGCGCGCGGCCGGGACUGCCGGGACCCCGGCUCUGCCGGCUUUGCCCCCGACGGGGCCCCCGAAAUGAAAUGGGGCUGCGAGGACCUUGCCUGCUGCUGCUGCCACUCAUCGGGGCGGCCCUGUCCCAGGUCACGAGUUCCAGUUUGUCCAACACUAACGGCCAAGCCAACGGCCCCGCCAAUGGCCCCGCCACCGCCACGGCGUCGUGGCGCAUGGCCGACCAGCGGACGCUGGGGGUCUGUCUGCACAUCUACCUGGAGCGGGACUUCCCCCAGAUCGAGCGCAUCGUCAACCCCGCGCCGGGGAGCAGGUCCACCUCCGCGGUGAACGGGCGGUACAGCGCGGGGAUCCUGGACGGCCCCACACUGGAGGCUGACUGCAAACACCUGUCCCGGCUGGUCCGCUGCUUCUCCAACUCGCUGGGCCGCAUGCAGUACUACGAGAACUUCAGCGAGUUCCGGCGCCUAGUCGUCGCGCUGGACGCCGUGCUGCUCCAACUGUGCGGGGCGGUGGACCUGAUGCGUCACCGAUUCCUCCCCCUGUUGCAGAACCUGAACUGCAUUGAGGAAGUGAGAGCCAAGAGAUCAGGAUGCCCUUACCGAGACCGCUUGCCACCAAACAUUUGGCACCAGCUCAUCCGCUUGGAGGCAGAUUCCUCACUCUGUUGGCCACUGACCAGGCAACUCAAUUGUGUGCGAGAUGAGGACUUAAUCAGACGGUUCUGUGGAGAACCAGCACAACAUUUGUUCACCAACAUCUCUACCGUCUUCCUCAGGCAUUGGUGCUUCAAUGCUGGAUCAAGAUUGUCACAAACUCCCUUCAUUUUGAAAGCGCUGGUAGUAUUAAUUGCGUUAUUACCACUUUCUUCAUUCUUUACCAAUGCUUAUUUCACAUUAUAGAUUUUCUAUAUCAUCUUUCAUAAAUAAUAAAGAAAAAUUAAAUCUUAGAUCCCGUAAGGAA